CGCGCGCGAGCACCACGUACACAUAAACACACCCCCAUCCCUUUCGCCCCCUUUGCCUCACAUGCAUCACUACGCCCCCACUACCAUAUAGCCGAAUACGCUCGCUUCCCUGGCCCCGUAUUGAUCUCCCUCUCCUCCCUCGUCCCUCGUCCUUGAUAAGUGAGCAAGCGGCAAGAACCAGCGGCGCGCCCAUGUCGUCGAGAGACUUAUACUUCCACGACGAGCUGGCGUCGCUGUUCGCGCAGCGGCCGGCGCCGGCCGGAGAGGCGAUGAUGACGCACCAGCACCAGCAGCAGCAACAGGCGCCGGCGUCGUGGUUCGCGGACUACCUGCACGCGGGCGCCCCAGGCAUGGGGAUGGACUACGACCUGCUGUGCCGCGCGCUGGACCUGCCGCUGCCGGGGGACGACGUCGUCAAGAGGGAGGAGGAGCUGCUGCUGGUGGACACAGGCGGGGACGGAGGAGGCUUCGCCGCGCCCACGCCCACGCCCAGCGGGGGCGGCACGGCGCCGGUCACGCCCAACACCACGUCGUCCAUGUCCUCCUCGUCCAGCGAGGCGGCGGGCGGCGCCGCCGGAGGAGGAGGAGGAAGGGAGGAGGACUCGCCGCAGGGGAGGUGCAAGAAGGAGGAAGGGGAUGGGGAGGAGAGCAAGGCGCUCGACAAGGGGGAGGAAGACGCUGACAAGGGCAAGAAAGGGUCAGCGGCGGCAGGCAAGGGCAAGGGCAAGGGCGAGAAGCGGCAGCGGCAGCCGCGGUUCGCGUUCUUGACCAAGAGCGAGGUCGACCACCUUGAGGACGGCUACCGGUGGCGCAAGUACGGCCAGAAGGCCGUCAAGAACAGCCCAUACCCCAGGAGCUACUACCGGUGCACGACGCAGAAGUGCCCCGUGAAGAAGCGGGUGGAGCGGUCGUCCCAGGACCCGGCGGUGGUGAUCACCACGUACGAGGGCAAGCACACGCACCCCAUCCCGGUCACGCUCCGCGGCAGCACCCACAUCCUCGCCGCGCAGCUGCACCACCACCACAACCACCACCUCGGCGCCUUCCCGACGCCGCUGCCGCAGACGGGCGCGGCGCCGUUCGGGCGGGCUGCAGGCGGAGGCGUCAUCGACAUGCUGGGGCUCCUGCCCCCGCGCAACCACGGCAUGAGCGGCGGCCCGAUGAGCGCCGUGGCUGGCGCCGCGACGACGACGGCCGCCACCAUUACUACUACCUCCACCACACCGUCGUAUCCCCCCUCGCUCCAGAUGCAGCACUUCAUGGCGCAGGACUUCGGGCUCCUGCAGGACAUCAUGCUGCCGUCCUUCGGCGGCGGCGGCGGUAACAUCCAGCCCUGAAUCGAUCCCAAUUGCUCACCGCCAUCGCAAGCGCAGCAAGCUAAUGAGGAAGGAAGCUAGCUAGAUAAGAGAUAGUAGUUUGGUUCUUGUUGAUGCUUACCCUCUUUAAUCCUUGGUUUUUUUUUUCACCGACGACGAUUUACUCCUCUAGACGGGACCGUGCCAUGCAUAUCGGUCCUUGAUUUGCCUUUCCGCCUGCAGCUGUACUGGCGCCGGCAGGCCUGGUCUCGUAACGUUUCUUAAUUAUGCAUGAUGAUCUAGCUAGUCCUUGCAGGUAGUACUAGCCGUUCUUGUACAUGUACCUAAUUAAUCAACUCCCCCGCCGGCUCGUCCUGGCCAUGAGCUAUGAU